CUGACAUUUGAGUUGACACCCCCUAUGGCGGCUGGCAGUCUCUGCUCUUGUCAUUAACACAAAAAACACAACUUAUUUUCAGAGAAAUAAUGAAAAUUCUCUAUGUCAUUUUUGUGAGGUAGCAACAAAAGUAGUGAUAGCGUCAAAGCACAAUGAAUCCUAUCCAGAACAACCAAGAUGUUGCUUGCUUCUUGGUGUGUAAACAUUCAUGGAAGGGCAAGUACAAACGAAUCUUUUCAGUUGGAACAAAGGGCAUCACAACAUACAAUCCUAAUACUUUCGAAGUCACCAACCGUUGGACCUAUAGUGAUGUGUUUAGUAUUAAAUGUGGGAAUCAGUCUCCUCCUGGAGGCAAUGAAUUUAUACUCACUAUGCGUAAAGAAAAGAAGAGUGAUACAAUGAAGUUUUCCUCUGAGUAUCGCUCAUUGAUCCUUACUGAAGCUUUUCGUUAUCGCAAAGAGUUUGCUGAGAAGCCAAAGGAAUCAUUUUGUUACUCUGGAUUUAAAUACCAUUGGUCAGAAACACGUCUGCCUGUAGUUCUUGAGGUCACACCUGCCUCUCUCGACCAAUUGGAUCCAACAUCUCACAAAGUUGUUGCAUCAUAUUGUUACAAAGAUAUUGAAGCUAUUGCAGAUGUGGAACAGUGCCCUGGUGGUUUUGUGAUAGUUUGUGGUGGAUUUUCGCGAAUGCAUUUUUUCAUAUUGCCAAAUGCUACUGAUAUGAAGCAAAAACUGGUCGAAGCAGCGGUCUCUAAUCUGGGUAUUCAUCUUAAAAUUCUCAAACAACAAUUUAGACAAGAGGAAUUUGUAACUCAUCGAUUUGGAAAAUACAGUGAUGAUGAAUUUGUUACUUCGAUCUGUGAAUUUAAAGUGUACAAGGUCCAAACACCUCGGCACACUGAUCCACAACAUCGCACUCUAUGUCUUAGUGAUUUGUGUAUACUGGAAAGAGAUCCACAGACUUAUAGUAUUUGCACUUUACGGCCACUUUCACAUGUAUUUGCUCUUGUUCGAGAUCGUGAAAACCUUCAACUAUUUUCUAUUGAAUAUAUUGAUGGGCAAGUUCGUACAUACACAACAACUGACAGGGACUCUCUGCUUGCUUCUCUUCUUGAUGGUGUUAGAGCUUCUGGAAAUCGAGAUGUUCAUGUCAAAAUGACCCCUACUCAACGAGGAAAGAGAUUGGGCCCUUUAGUGGUGAAUUUGGAGGAAGAAGUCGAAUCUUCUCAUUUGAAACUUCUAGAUAAAGUUUCACCAAAAAUGUCUCUUGCUGAAGCAAUUGAAAGAUUCAAUGCAAACACACCCUACAGUGGUCUUCUUCACUCUGUUACUCAGGAUGGCUUGUUUUCAGAAAACAAGGACAAGCUGAUUCAAAGUGCUCUAACUGCUCUUUUGCAGAAAGAUUCAGAUGCUAGUAACACUCCUUUACCCGAGCUAGAAGCCCAAUUUCAAGCACUACGUAGAUUGUUUGCCUCUAAAGUGGGAUUUUCUGCAUUUUUAAGCCUCCCUUCUUUUCGUGAGCAAGUUGGUCUGAAAGUAGUGAGAGCUUUGAAAAGGGAAGACACAGGUGUCACUCAUGCUGCUAUGGAUAUGGUGUGUGCAUUGAUGCAUCCUAUGCAUGAAGAUUAUGAUUUGCGACAAGAGCAAAUGAACAAAUCAUCUCUUUUGUCCAACACUAAAUUUUUGGAAGGACUUCUAAGCAUGUGGCAGAAACAUGUUAACCAGGGAACAGGUGCAUUGGUAGUUUCUGCCAUGCUUGACUUUUUAACUUUUGCAUUGUGUGUCCCAUAUAGUGAGACUACUGAUGGUAAACACUUUGAUCAACUUUUAGAAAUGGUUGCAGAAAGAGGGAGAACUCUCUUCCGUCUUUUCCAGCAUCCAUCACUUGCUGUUGUCAAGGGGGCAGGGCUUGUAAUGAGAGCUGUUAUUGAGGAGGGAGAAGCAGAGGUUGCUGCCCGUAUGCAAGACCUAGCCCUUGCAGAAGGUGCCCUACCUCGCCAUCUUUUGACAGCAUUAUUUACAGAAGCCAAUGACAGCAGAUUACUCACACAUCGUCAGCUUUCUCGUCACUUAGUUGGGCUCUGGGUUACUGGGCAUCCAACAGCAAUGGGUCUGUUAAAGAGAAUCAUGCCAGCUGGACUGCUAAACUAUUUAGACUCAACAGAUCAAGUUCCAGAAAGUGCCCUGGAAGCUGAACAGCUUAACACAAGGGAUAAUUUGAAAAUUGCUCAAGAUUCAGCUUCACGGAACAAGCGAAACCCUCAUCUGGUUGCUGUGGAAAGACAACUUAGACAAGUAGAGAAACAUGUUGAGAAAGCACUUCUUCAUUGGGGUGCUCAGAUUGGUUUUGAGAGGAAAGAGGACCCAAGAGAGAAGAUACGGGAAAGACCAGUUGUACUUCGUAAGCGCCGGGAACGCAUCAAAAGUGAAGCUAAUUGGAAACUGUUUUAUUUCCAGUUCACGCGGGAUCAUGCAAUUCUCAACCUUAUUUGGAACCAUCAAACUAGGGAGGAAUUGAGGGAUGCACUGGAAACAGAGAUACGGACCUUCACAAACGACAGAGAUCUGUCUGGGGCAACAUUAAUUGCUUGGAACCAUCAAGAGUUUGAAGUGCAGUAUCAGUGCUUGCAGGAUGAAGUGCGAAUAGGUGACUACUAUCUGAGGUUGCUUUUAGAAAGAAAGGAUGAAGAUUCACCCAUCCGUAGAUCAUAUGAGUUCUUUAAUGACCUUUAUCACCGGUUCCUUUUAACUACAAAAUCUGAAAUGAGAUGCUUGUGCUUGCAAGCCAUGGCUAUCGUCUAUGGAUCCUAUUGUGAAGAUAUUGGUCCAUUCAGUGAUACCAAGUACAUAGUGGGGAUGCUUGAAAGAUGCUUGGAGAGAGCUGAAAGAGAUCGUUUUGUCAUCUUCAUCAGUAAACUAAUUAACCAUCGCAGAAACGUUAAAGAUAUGCUAGAUGCUAAUGGUGUACGCAUAUUAGUUGACCUCUUGACCCUGGCCCACCUACAUACUUCUAGAGCGGUUGUUCCCACCGCUACAAAUGUUAUUGAAGCUGGUGACAUGAAAAGGGAAAGUGAGAAAGAGUGGUAUUAUACUCUUGCUGACAAGCGAGAAGGUCCAGUCGGUUUUGAGGAGCUGAAAGAGCUUUGGGAUGCUGGUAAACUUUCACCAAAGACAAAGUUGUGGGCUCAAGGCAUGGAUGGGUGGCGAGCCUUGCAGCAUGUGCCUCAGCUUCGUUGGACUCUAUUAGCCAAAGGUUCUGCUGUCUUAAACGAAAGUGAACUAGCUGCUUUAACUCUGCAGAUACUGAUUAAAGUUUGUGAAUAUUUCCCUAGCAGAGAUGCUGACAAUGCAAUGAUUCGACCACUUCCUCGUGCUAAGAGACUUCUUUCUGAGCCCUCUAUUUUGCCACAUGUUGUUCAAUUACUCUUGACUUUUGAUCCAUUGUUAGUUGAGCGUGUAGCUACAUUACUUUGGGAAAUUUCACAAGAUAAUCCCAUGCUUCCCCAACUUUACCACACUGGAGUGUUUUUCUUCAUGCUUAUGUACAAUGGCUCAAAUGUUUUGCCUGUUGCUCGCUUCCUGCAACUUACGCACAUGAAACAGGCUUUCCGUUCAGACGAUGCAACAUCAUCUGAUAUAAUGCAGAGAAGCGUUUUGGGCCAGCUUCUUCCUGAGGCAAUGGUUAGCUAUCUUGAAAACCAUGGAGCCGAGAAGUUUGCGCAAAUUUUCCUAGGAGAAUUUGAGACUCCAGAAGCAAUUUGGAAUUCUGAAAUGAGGCGCUUGUUGAUGGAAAAACUGGCUGUUCAUGUUGCUGACUUCAGUCCACGACUUAGGAGUAACACCAGAGCCAACUAUCAGUAUCUUGCUAUUCCGGCUAUUAGAUAUCCUCAGUUAGAUCGAGAACUGUUCUGCAAUAUCUACUAUCUAAGGCACUUGUGUGACAUUCAACGUUAUCCUAACUGGCCCAUUAAAGAUCCGAUUGAAUUACUUAAAGAUGUUCUCUUGGCCUGGAAAGCAGAAGUUGAGAAGAAGCCUCCAGCUAUGUCAGUUGAUGAUGCCUAUGAAGUACUUGGCCUAGCAAGGGGAACUUCCCACCCAGAAUCUGCAGUUAGAAAGUCAUAUUACAGAUUGGCUCAACAGUAUCAUCCUGACAAAAAUCCAGCUGGCAGGGACCGUUUUGAAUCUGUCAACAAAGCUUAUGAGUUCUUAUGCAGCCGUAGUUCAUGGACUGGUGAUGGUCCCAACCCAGAUAAUAUAGUACUGAUUCUUCAGACACAGAGUAUUUUGUUUCAUCGUUAUAGUGAUGAUCUGCGCCCCUAUAAGUAUGCUGGCUAUCCCCAACUCGUUAAAACCAUUCAGUUGGAGACUGAUGAUGACCAACUAUUCUCCAAAUCUGCCCCACUGUUAGUCGCUGCCAGUGAAUUGGCUUAUCACACUGUCCAUUGUUCAGCACUGAAUGCUGAAGAAUUGAGAAGGGAAAGGGGGUUGGAUGUGCUUUUGGAUGCCUUAUCUCGUUGUGUGUCAGUGCUAAGUGAGUCCUCCAAGAUUUCUGACACAGCAGUUCAAGUAAGCCUGCACAUAACAAGAUGUUAUGGGGUUGCUGCCCAGUUCCAAGCAUGCCGUGAUAAAAUGGUGGAACUACCUCAGUUAGUUAGAGAUUUGACUCGUAUCCUGUACUUUAAAAGCUUACCACGCCUCAGUGCAGCAGUUGUGGACUGUGUGAGCUCUCUAGCCAUAGACUCAAUUCUUCAAAUGCAAUUGUUGCAAGCAGGUGGUUUAUGGCAUCUGCUGUCCUUUCUUUUCCGCUAUGACUAUACCCUUGAAGAAGGUGGAGUAGAGCGUUCAGAGGAAGCAAAUCAACAAGAAGUUUGCAAUCAGCUUGCAAAAUUGGCUGUAAGAGCUUGUGCAAGACUUGGUGGUUACCUGGAAGGGGAUCAAGAAACCCCCAAGAACACAAUCACAGUAACUACACUAGAAAGACUGUUAACACCCUAUCUUGCAAGACGAUUGUCAACGGAAAAGCCUGAAGAAGUUUUGAAGCUUUUGAACAGCAACAGCCAGAACCCAUACAUAUUGUGGGAUAAUGGUACUCGGGCUGAGCUACAAGAUUUUCUGGAAACCCAAAAGCAGAGUCGUCGGUUUGCUGCUGACCCUGCUGAUCCUGCUGAGCAAGAGAGUGUAACUGCUAGUUUCAGUUAUUCAGCUCAUGCAACUGAAUUACGAGUUGGGGAUGUUUUUCUUCGAUUGUAUAAUGAACAGCCAAAUUUCCCAAUUGAUAAUCCCAAAGGGUUUGCUAUUGAUCUCCUGGAAUUUCUAUCAAACAAGUGGAAAAGUGUCAGUUCCAGUGCUCCAUCAGCAAUGGAACCCAAUGUUUUGUCUGAAAUUAUAAUGGCUCUAGAGUCAUUAUCUCAUGUUAUUAUAAAUAAUCCAGGAGUUGAGAUUCAGUGUAUUGGACACUUCCCCUUGCUAUUCCAGCUUCUACGAGUUGACGGAUGUUUAAAAGUACAGCAUGCUGCCCUGGAGGUUUUGUCAUGUGUUGUGCGUAAUGCAGAAUGUGUCAAAGAUAUUGCAGCAUCUAAUGUUCUAACACCCUUGUUGCUGAUUCUUGUUAAUGUUCCUUCUUGCCAAAUGCAAGCUUUGGACACAUUGUACUCUCUUUUUACCACUACUAAAAUUGUCAAGGAUGCUCUCGCUAAGGGUGCUGUUCUUUAUCUCCUAGAUUUGUUUUGCAACUCCAACUCUGCAACAACUCAAGGCCUACGUGAAAGAGCAGCCGAGCUGUUAGCGCGCAUGGGCAGUGACAAAUUAGUUGGACCAAAGAUCCGACUCAUCUUAGCAUACUAUCUACCUCCAGCAUUUGCUGAUGCAAUGCGAGACUCCCCUCAAGAUUGUGUUCAUUUGUUUGAGGGUGUGGCUGAGAAUCCAGAACUAAUUUGGAAUGAUGAGGCACGGCAGCGUAUCAGCCAUCUCAUUCGCCAGCAAACUGAUGAAUUGUAUAGAUCUCAGCGUUCAGACCUGCAAGCAGAUUGGAGAGUGCCUGAUGAACCACCUCUUUCUCAUGCUCAACCAAAUGAAAUGGUUGUGGGUGGUGUGUACCUACGACUGUUUAUUGCUAAGCCUGGAUGGCCUUUGCGUCGACCAAAAGAAUUUUUGUCAGAAUUGAUGUCUGUUUGCUUAAGUUCAAUGGAAAAAGAAAGACCCAAUGUACAAAUGCUUGAAAUGGCCACCACUGCUUUGGUAUGCCUUCUUCAAGCCCAACCAGCUUUAUCCGAUACAAUACCUGCAUCAGGACAUAUUCCUCGCCUCUGUAAUCAAAUGUCAACUGCUAAUAAUGAGCCAGCUGUUCAUCGCUCUGCUAUUCGCAUAUUACAUCAGCUUGCCAUCAGCGAUGUGUGUGUUGGAGCCAUGAGCCAAACUCAAUGUAUUGGUCCACUGAAACUAGCUAUGCAAACAAGCCAUGAAAUGGUCAGUGUGGGCUGUGAGGCAUUAAAUCGUUUGUUUUCAAGCAACCAGGAUCAACUUGUUAAACAGGCGUUAGAUUCAGGACUGUUGCCAUACCUUCUAGGUUUACUGGAAGGGAGACUAGAAUCACUUGAAAAUGGUGCUGCAACUAAAGCUCAAAUUGUCAAAGCACUGAAGGCAAUGGGUCGAAGUAUUUUGUAUGGUGAACGAGUUAAUUCUUUGCUUCAGCAAUCUUCAGUGUGGAGUGAAUAUAGGGAUCAGCGGCAUGAUCUCUUUAUUAGUAGUACAUCAAAUGCUGGCUAUCUCACUGCUGGUACUCCUCAAACUGCUGGUUACCUAACAUGUGGUACCACAAAAACUUUACCCAGUGCACCUCCUCCAAUUGAUAAAGAAGAUCCAACGGUCUCCUCUCCUCCUCUCAUUUGAUGGAGCAAGUAACAUUUACUCCAUGCUAUGAUUUCUAAUUGAUGCUGGUUGAUUGAAAAUAUUCAUUCCUAUUAGCAUAUCAAUAAGUGCCUAUGCUCAUAAAUUAUGAUAAUGUACAUAUGAUGCUUUCUCAUGAGUUCUUAUUGUUACUUUACUCUAAAAGCAGAUUGCUGAGGGUUAAGUUGAUUUUUUUUGUUUUUUGUUUUUUGUACUGAUUUACUAAGUAUUUCACUCUACAGUGAUAAGGGGACCUUUGGCAAUAAUAAGACAUUAGUAUGGCAGUAAUUUGCUUCAUAUUUUGAGUCAUUGAAGUAAACUUUAUUGUAAGUAUGUAUACCAAAUGAGAUGUUGUGAUAGCUCUGAUUGCAGUAUCCUUUUAUACAUUAAUACAAAGAACACCAGUCUUGGUCCAAAUCUGUAUAAAUUAGUUUUUUGAGUAAUUUAGUACCUAUUACGUAUUUCUCCUCCACACCUCAUAGUUUACAGGGUUGUUCGUGCUGGCAGCCUAUUGCAGGGUAAUAUAAGGCACUCAUCCUUGUCACCUCAAGAGCUGCCAUUGUUUUUUACUCCGUUUAUUUUUGCCAUAUUUUGUUUGGCAGUUAUUUUGUCAAGUCUGAUUCUCUAUCAUAACUUUUAAAGUUUGUGUGGCGGGAAAAAUUCUCCGUAAGUAAUAAGCACCCAGUGUUGAGAUUUCCACACUUCCAUGCUUCUCUGUUGUGCACUUUCUCUCUCUGUAGACAAUAAUGUGGGUCACUUCAACUAGGAUUCAUGCAUGUUGUAUUUUAUUCCCAAAGGGAAAUAUUAUUACUACCGAGAAAGAAGUAUAAUUGUAAUAUGAUUUUUUCUGUGAUAUAUACAUUUUGUAAACUGUUAAAAUUGCAUGGAAAUUUAAUGUCUAAACUAUGUGAUAUGAUACCCUAGUACUUUGCAUAUGUUCAUUUAUUAUCUAUUCAAGAUAAAUUGCUGUUAUUUACUUUUAAAUUUGUUUAGUUAUUCCUGUUGAGAUCUAGUCAUUCCAAUCUUCCACUAAUGUUUGCUUUCAGUCAUAAAUUUGAGGUGCUUUUAAUUCCUGAAUUUUCAACUGAUUAAUUUUUGAGCUAGUGGCACUAAAUUGAGUGAGUUCAUGUGUUCUGCAUUGCAUAUUGCCUUUGAAUGACUUGGUCUCAACCUUGCAACUGUGUAGCAUACUGCUCUACACUUACUUGCAAAAUCAAAAGCUUAGCAUGUAUCUCAAGUGUGCUAGUUAAGGUGAAACCAAUUUUUAGCCAGCCUACAUUUUAAUUUUAAUGUCUGUUUUUGUAUCACAAUUUGUUUACCACUAAGUACAUGACACACAUGUAUACUGUACAACCAGUGAAAUGGUUGCUAUCUCGGGAAAUAAUGUUAGAGGAUUUGUUAUCUGAAAGUUAAUAAUCAGUGGUAUCAACUUUCUUUCACUCAUUUUAAUUGAAGAAAAGUUGAAUAUCAUAUUAACAUCUAUUUUCAUGUAAAUGAUUGUCCAUUGGAUAAUGCAAAUUAAAGUGUAAUUUAAGAUUCGAACUUUUAA